GGGGUGGGUCGGGAGUACUUUGGAAAACAAUACUAAAAACUGUCUUGUGAUAUUUCUCUAGAGGGCUGGUGAAAAAAAAACUUUUGUAGUGCUCCUUGUAUUUAAGCUAAAUGAAAUAUGCUUUUGUAGUUAAAACUAAAUUGACUUAAUUGAAACAUUUUUAUAAGGAUUGCAUCAAUAAAACGAAAGUCAAAAGACAAUAUAUAAUACUCGUAAACGAGUUUCCUAGUAUUGACGAACGACGAAUAAUUCAAAGUUGCAAGCAAAAAUUGAACUAAGAAAUAAAACAAUCAUUGUUGCUUUUUUCAAAAAUCAAACUAAGCAUUCUGAAUACACCAAACACUAAUAGAUUAACAUAUAGUAUCAAUGAAAAAUAGAUUCUUCGAAUAUACACAGAUCAAUGAUAAAAAGUUCUCUAAAAGUAUAAAUUUUGUUAGACAAAAACCAUUACAAAUUUAGUUAAACUGUUCUUAGACUGACAUGAAACGAAUUACUGACCAUGUUUAUUUUCGCACAUGGAGAUUACGUUCCAUUAAUUCAAAUAAAUCUCUUUUGUUAUUGCUCAUUAUCUUAGAUCUUGACUCGAGAAUGCUUCAAUUGGCCUAGUUGAAUUUUAUAGAAAAUUAAUCUAAAAAUAUUACAAAAAUUAUAUAGCAAACUGAUUCAUUGCUUCGUCACUAUAUAAAUCUAGUUUUUACUAUUCAUGUAACACGCGUAAACUAAUUGGCAUACAUUUCAAACAAACAAAAAGACCGAUAUUGUGUUCUUUUAUGAUUGUCCAAUCAUCAAAAUAAAAAUAAAACUCACAAUGCUACUUGAGAAUCUCUGGUUAAUGAGGACUUUAUGAAAGUAGGUAUGUUAGGGUCAUCUAUCAUAUCUAUUUUUUUGCUUUCUUGUCCGUAUUGCAUUUUGAGAGUGCACAAUUACGUCUCUACAAUAAAUGCAGAAGAAUACAAAAAUAAAGUUAAUGACAAUGAAAGAAAACCGAGGUCAAUGUAUAGUUUUUAUUCCUUCCAGUUCUUAUACAUUGUAUAGAAUAUUGAGAGAGAAAAAAACAGUUCGUACUGAUCGUCUCAAUGCAUUUCGAUGUGCAGUUAGGCAAUGCAAUUCGUGGGCAUUAUUCAGUACAAAAAUGAACAAGAAAAUAACUGCUUUCAACGUCAUCAGAGAAUACUAACGUUUGACAUAGUCAAAAAAAAACAGAAUAUCUCUUGAAUUUCAAUUUUUUCAUAUAAACAUUGAAAGUAUUUUUUUUCUCUAAACGAAUUUGUUUUUCUUUACGCUGAUGUGGCAUACAUCGUUCUCAAAACAGAUUCUAUCGAUAUAUUGUAUACCUUGACCAUUGAAAAUGGCAGUAUAGUUCCAUUAAUUGGAUCUUAUUUUUCCGCUAAGUAACAAUCUAUAAAUAAGAAAUUAUAAGAGAGUAAUCCAAGAAAGACUAGAUGCAUUAAAACUGAAUUAAGCAAUAUGAAUACUAUAAUAUUUAACACAUAAAUUUAUAUAAAUAGUUAGAUGAAAGAAAGUGUUAUGAAAUCACUAAAAUGUUCUGAUUGUUUUGAAAUAGCAUACUAGAUCCAUAAAGUCCUGUAAAAAUCUUGAGUUUCUCAAGCAUUUUUUGGUAAAUAAUAGGGGUGUCGCAUUAGCAUUAGCAUUAGCAUUAAUUAAUGCUAAUACUAAUGCUUCUGCGUUAGCAUUAACAGUUAACACUAAUGCUUUGGCAUUAAUGGCAUUAGCGUUAAUUAAUGCUUAG